GCAUGGCACAAAUCCAGCAGGGAGGUCCAGAUGAAAAAGAAAAGACUACAGCACUGAAAGGUCCAAGGGUGUCAAUCAGGGACCGCCUGGGUGGUGAGAUGCCGAGCUGAAGGAAGGCACGAGGCGGGCUGUGUGCCGUAGAUGCGCAGCAGCUCUUUACGGAUCCGAGGCCGGGGCCACAGAGCCAGAACUCUACAACGGGAGCGGGGUUUUAUACCCUCAUACGAACAACAGAUUUAUUAUCCAGGAUAGAUUUGGAUGAACUAAUGAAAAAAGAUGAACCACCUCUUGAUUUUCCUGAUACCCUGGAAGGAUUUGAAUAUGCUUUUAAUGAAAAGGGACAGCUAAGACACAUAAAAACUGGGGAACCGUUUGUUUUUAACUACCGGGAAGACUUGCACAGAUGGAACCAGAAAAGAUACGAAGCUCUAGGAGAGAUCAUCACGAAGUAUGUAUAUGAACUCCUGGAAAAGGACUGUAAUUUGAAAAAAAUCUCUAUUCCAGUAGAUGCCACUGAGAGUGAACCAAAGAGUUUUAUCUUUAUGAGUGAGGAUGCUUUGACAAAUCCACAGAAACUGAUGGUUUUAAUUCAUGGUAGUGGUGUUGUCAGGGCAGGCCAGUGGGCUAGAAGGCUUAUUAUAAAUGAAGAUCUGGACAGUGGCACACAGAUACCAUUUAUUAAGAGAGCUAUGGAUGAAGGAUAUGGAGUAAUAGUACUCAAUCCCAAUGAAAACUAUAUUGAAGUAGAAAAGCCAAAGAUACGUGUAAAGUCAUCUUCUGAUAGUUCAUAUGAACCAGCAGAAAAACGGGAAAGAAAAGAUAAAGUCUCUAAAGAAACAAAGAAGCGACGUGAUUUUUAUGAGAAGUACCGUAACCCUCAAAGAGAAAAAGAAAUGAUGCAGUUGUAUAUCAGAGAAAAUGGUUCUCCUGAAGAACAUGCAGUCUAUGUGUGGGACCAUUUCAUAGCCCAAUCUGCAGCUGAGAAUGUAUUUUUUGUUGCUCACAGCUAUGGAGGACUUGCUUUUGUUGAACUGAUGAUUCAACGAGAAGCAGAUGUAAAAAGUAAGGUAACUGCUGUGGCGUUGACAGACUCUGUUCACAAUGUGUGGCAUCAAGAAGCUGGCAAAACGAUUCGAGAAUGGAUGAGAGAGAACUGUUGUAAUUGGGUCUCUAGCUCAGAACCAUUAGACACAUCAGUGGAAUCCAUGCUGCCCGACUGUCCCCGAGUCUCAGCAGGCACCGACCGUCACGAGCUCACUUCCUGGAAGAGCUUCCCCUCUAUUUUCAAAUUCUUUACCGAAGCCGCUGAGGCCAAGACCAGCUCCCUCAAGCCGGCGCUGACGCGGCGCUCGCACCGAAUCAAGCACGAGGAGCUGUAAGAGGAGCGCGAGCGAGACGGGGGAGGGGACGCCAGGACCCACACUCGAGCAUGCAUCCACCUGGCUCCUGACUGCUCGCUGUCGGCGAGCAGACGCCCAGCCCCUCAUUAGAUUGUUUUCUUCCCAGAGCACAGGGUCGUGAUAUAUACAUCUAAAUAGCGUUUUGCAUUAUUUCUAGAUGAGUGCAACUGUCAAAGCAAUACGGGUUCACUGGUCGUGCUUCCUGCGGGCUGAGCUCGGGCUUCGCGCUGCCCGUCAGCGCGCAGAUUAAGGCUGACAGCGCCCUGCUCCGCGCGGCCGGCGCGUCCCUAAUUGCCCUGACGGAGCCCGCGCCGGCCCUGCGGGGCGAGCGGCGUCUGCGCGGUCCUACCGCCCGCUGCAGCGCAGCCGCUGCUCCUCUACCCCCGGCCCCCCUUAAUCAUGUCCAUUUUUUUCCUCUCGAACAGAAGCAAACUUUUAUUCAAACUUGCCUUUUUUAAGUAGGUUUUUCUCUGCAGGCGUCUUAUGCCUCUUUUUUUUUUUUUAAAGGAAGUUUUACCCCCUCACACCCAGAAAAGCCAAAUUUAAAUUCAGAAUUUGAAUGCCAUGAUAUACUAUGUAGUUUUGGGAGCGCAAAUUGUUCUCUCCCUAACGAUCUAUUUUAAUUUCGAGACCAGACGAAAAACUUUGCAUAAAUCUAUAAAGUACCAAAUCCACAUUACCGCUGAAAAUCCUUGCCAGUGGAAUGUGAGAUUUUUACACAAGUCUCUAAUUUCAUAAGAGAUUGUUUGAACCAAAACGUGAUGAGCAAGCCCCCUUUUCAAUGAAAUUUACAACUUUAUCAUUAGAACUGACUUUACUUUUUAAAUAUAUAACGUAUAUUGAGUGGCAUAGUAAUUUAGAUAGCGUGCUUAGGAUUUUGCUUUUUAAAUCUUAAUGUAGAGGACGUUUGUUGCUGUUAAUCCUAGCUAGAAUAAGCUAUUCUGAUCUUUCAUGGAGUUAGACCCUUUAGGGAUAGAAUUUUUUUUAUUGUCAUCAGGAAAAUGAACCUGUGUUCUCUUGAGCCUUUUCCUUCUGAAAGGCUAAGUGGGACUAAAAUGAAUUCUUUUAGUUUUCUGCUCCAACAGAAAGGGAAAGACCUGGUGUGAAACAUUUUCUCCUCUCAAUCCAAUGAUAUAUUUUUUAAUAGUACACUUCCUCUAUAGGGUUUUGCCCUACAGUUGCAACAGUUAAGUGUUUUAAUCCAGCUAAGAUCUGGUCAACACUGUGAAAUACGAGAGGUAAAAUAAGUUAAGAUUUUGCUGACUUUUACAUUCAAAUAUUAAAUCUUAACAUUAUCAAUUUUUAAUUACUUGAAGAAUUUAAUUACCUAGUGAAGAUUCUGUUUCUAAUAGAUGAGGAUCUGAAUUUAAUAUGCAAGCUUUUUAAAAGUGUAUGCAACAAUAUGCCUGCCUUAUUUGAGACCAUCAUAAAAAUGUACCCAAAAUGACUAAGAACUGUAUGACUCCUCAGAAAAAAAUUAAAUAACCACCUCAUGGAUAAAAUGUUUUUAUAUUAUGAACCGAUUUCAGCAAGGUUUAAAGCUGAUAAUAUCUCUGCUUGGUAUAUAAGUACAUUAAUUAGUUUUUAUAGAUUUAAUGAUGGCAGAUUACAGUGAUCCUGUUUCAGUAGUCAUAUAUGCAUAUAUUUUUAUGUUAUUUUAGCAGGAACAACAUAGGAGGAAAAAUCAAAACAUCAUGUUAUCCAGUGACUGGACAGUUUGACAUGUAUAACCUUACCAGUGUCAAGCCCGUUGCUCUUCACUCUUUUCUGUUUUAGAAGUGACGGUGAACUGUAUAAAAGUACACCUUCCAUUGAGAGGAUUUGAGAAUUGAGGUGGAUUGAAUAUAUUUUUCAAAGUAUUAUAAAUUGUGUGGUGUUUUCAGUACAUGAAAAUGUUCGCAGGAAACUAAUUUCGUUGCAUUUUUAAAAAUCAGCACUUGUGCAAUGCUAAAUUUGUGAAGCUUCUGCAGCUGAAUUAGAACAAAGUAAAUAUGCUCAGCUUACAAAUAAAAUCACUCCUAUUCCUUCACUUUGAUUUUCUCACCUCUCUUUUUAAAAACCUUUACUUUUAACUAGAGUAAAUCACUGUUUAAUUGCCUUUAAUACUUUAAAACUACUGGGUUGUUGGGCCUUAUUUAACUAUCUAUAGACAGCUAUUUGCAAACUUAAGUUGUGUAAAUGUAAUUUCUACUUGUGGAUCUGAGCUGUAGCCACCCGGAGAGAGCUAGGCAAACCAUCCCAGCCCUCCAACUGAUAACCGAUAAGGUUCCUUGUAAUGUAGGAUUUUUUAACCUGUUGAUUAUGGGUCUGUUGGCAUAACUGUAAUAAUAUUAUUCACCUCAAUUUUCCUGCAGUAACAACAAUCAGUUGGUAGUAAGUAGCCCGCCUGCCUGGAGGUGACAAGUGUUAAUAUUUCUGCUCUGAUGUUCUCCUCCCCAUUUUGGUUUCUUCAGACAGGUUUUUCGAUGAGUAGAGAUUUAAAGUUAGAAUGUGGUUUGUUUUGUUUUAAUUAUAUACUCCGUCCUUAGAGCAAAUGGAAUGGGAAACAAGGAGUUGUUGAUAAAUCUAAAAUACAAAAUAGUCCUGUUAAAACUUAAAAGCCAGAUAUUGGCUUUGGAGCUCUCUAAAGGUACAUAACCAUGCAGCCAUUAAAAGUUUUUAUGGAUAUUUGAAGGGGGAAGGAAUCCGCUUGUAAUAAUUGUUCUGUUCUCAAGUUUCUGCCUCAUGCUUCAACCUAGAUUGCAUUAUUGUUUAUACCAAAAAAAUUUAAAAAGUAAAGCACAGGAGUUUCCUAUAUAUUAUAUAUUUCUGUUUACCAUUUUAAAAUAAAAACAAUUUUCUCAACAAGCAGCGGCGUCUUGUUCUUGCUCCAAAGUUUAUUUAUUCAUGUGUAGGGUUUAAUGAAAGCAGAAACUUAAAAAGAACGAUGGGGUAGCAUUUCAUCAAUAUUUUAAACCUUAUAGCUGCUUAUCAUUACUAUUACUGUUACUGUAAGGUAAUAUCCUAACUCUAUCUGAGUCACUCUUUCACUUGGACCUUCCACAAAGCUAACAUUUUUUUAAUACAUUUCUUUUUAGUAUCUAAAAUACCUUCUUAGCUACAAGGAAAUUUGAACCUGUUGCUAAACUGUCGUUUUAUAAAAAUACACUUUAGUAUACAGUAAACAAUUGUGUUUUCCAAAAGGAGUCUGAUGAGAUUAAAUUGUUCCCAAAUCCCUCUGUAAAUCCCUGAUGUAUUACCACAUCUAAUCUGAAAAUGUUUAUGUUUAUUUUACAGCUUUUCCUUCUUUAAAACCUAUAACUCCUUUGAGAGAGUGUGGGUGACAAAUUAUGUUAACUGUAUUAUCAGUGCUAAUAAGUUAGAGUUUUUUCAUGUUUCUCUGGAUUAUCUGGCGUUCCAGUCCAAACACAUGUGUGUCUCCUGUCAUUAUCAUAGUUUGUAACUCUAAACUGACAUGCUCAUUUUGGCAUAUGUAAUACUGAUUCAUUUAACAAAGAUUACUAUUGCAAAAAAGUUGAAAUUUUUUCUCAAAAACUUUCCCUAUGCUUCUGAAGAAAAAAUGUCUUUAAAUAAAUGUGAGACAUUCUCAUCUUUGAAAUAUGGGUGGCCAAAAAAAGGGAGGAUAAUACUGGUGGUUAUUUUAUGAUUACUUAUUAGGGGCUGUAAUAAUAUAAAAUAAAAGACUCCAGGAGGUACUCCCUUUCAAAAAUUGAAUACUUUCCUUCCUUCCUUCCUUGUAUAGAGUGACUGAGUGGGAGUCUCUUGAAUUGUUCGUCUUCCUUUUAUCUAAUAUUCUAUUAAUCUCCAAAAAGAUCAGUUUGAGUCUGGGAAAGGGUUUUUAAUCAACACUUCACAGAGCUUAAAGCUACCCUACCUAACGCGUGAGCUUUGUCAGGCGGUUUUGGAUUUGAAGCAUUGCAACUGUCAUGCACUGUACUAAAAGUAAAGAAGGUGCACCAAGUGGAAGACGUUGAAAAGAGGGAAAUAGCACAAAGUCGAUUAACGGAGAUCCGAGAAUAGAAGUAGCCAUCAAAGCAUUCCUGCGUUUAUCUCAAAAUCUAUGUAAGGUUAAAAAAAAAACAGUAACAAUGAUAGUUUUAAACCUCACACUUAGGAGGGAUGAAUGUUGAUUUAAUUGAUUCAUUUGGAUCAAUGUUUUUAAAGUUUCACACCACUGAUCUUUCAUGUAGUGAUGUCUUUAGCAGUCAGUGGUCUGACAUGAGCCUUCUCAGAUUUCAUCAGUGGGGCUCUCCAUGACCCCUGAAAUUAUGCAACAGCCUGUAUGAUGGUAACUUUGGAACUGAGAGACCUCGAUGCCAAAGAGCAUGGUUAGAUUGAAGAACUCUUGUUCAUUCUUAGCACAAAGGUUUUAGAGGAGUGGUAAUUGUAAAUGAACCAUAAAGGUAAAUUCACGAAAUACUAUAUAGUGAUCUUUAAUUGCUAGAUAGGAGAAAAUUGUCCUCAAAGUUUGACCAUUAACCUGGAUAUCACACAGUGACCAGUAUGUUCCCCUUGAAUAUAAAAAGCUUGAAAAUGGACAUUUGACUUAACCCAUGAGGCCUUCCAGACAACUUUUCCCAGUCCUUUGCCUUGAGAUUUGUCAAAAAAACUUUCACUAUAAUUUUGUAUUGUUGGAGUUCAGUUCUAUUUGAAACAGACAUGAAACAUGUUUCUAGAAAGAAAUCUAGAGAGGCCCUGCAUCUUUCUUUCCAGAUCACUCAACUUUUCCUUCCUUGGCUGCUACAUCGAGUAAUAUGGGAGACUGUCAUAGGUAAAAUAAUGUGGAACUGUACUUGGUUACCAGCCUGCAGUACCAAUACAAAGCAUCUGAAAUGAAAAGACAACCAACACCCUAAGAAUGAUAUGUCUCUUUUUAAAGUUUACAAUUUGAAUAAUGAACUUGGAUAGAAACUUGGCAGGAAAACAAACCAUAGCACCAUCACAUCACCAACCAUUUUCACUUUUCUGUCCAAUUUCAGCGUGCAUGUGUUUGUGAGUAUUUCACUAGAUCAGUGACAGCUCUUUAUUUGCAUAAUUAUAUGCUCUGGUCUGAAGAGAAAACUAACCCCCAAAUUUCAUGGGUCACCAAACUGCAACAAUCAAUGUUUUAUCACGUAUGCUAAGCAAAAUCUAAGAAGCUAUAUGAAGUUUCUUGGGGAGUUUUUACUCCUCAGAAAAUUAAAGAGUUUUCCUCCCCUGAAUAGAUUCAAAAUCUUUCCAAGUUCUUUGUAACUGAAUUCUGUUUGAAGGCAAAACUAGAGAUUAACAUGUAGAUCUGGAUCUUAAACUCACUAGCAUUACUUCAAAGUGGCUUAAGAAGAGCAGCAUUUUUGGAACAUUAAACUUUUAAAUUCUAGGUACUGUCCUUCAUUCUAUGAGGAAAAAUAUUUGUCAUAUUAUGAUUAGCCAAAAUGAAGUCUGAAUUAACUACAAUUGAAUAUAAAUCUCAUUUAUUUCUCUGAAAUAUCUCAGGGUUUUUUUAAAGACCUAAUAGAAAAAUAUGUAUAUAUGCAUAUAUGUGUCUGUAUGUGUACCACAUACAUAUACAUAUUCACGCAUGGGGUACAUAUGCCCAUUCCACCAGAAAUGGAUGACAUAUACAGUAUGUAUAUGUCUUUUCAGUGCCUGUAACAUAGUAGGUACUCAAUAUAUGGUGGUCACCAGGAUUGUUUGUAAAAUUUAUUUUCUUUUAAAUAAAUUUUUCAUGUUCAAAAUCUACAAGGCAUUGUAAUAAAUAGUUUAAUGCCUCAAGUUCAUCUGUAAAUUCUCUGUAUGUAAUGGGUAUUUGUGUGUAA